CUUUGGUAUACAGUAUAUUUAUAGAACAAAAAGUAUAUUGAACCUCUGAAUUUUUCAAUCCGAAUCACAUGUGUUUGUUCUUUUGUUUCCAAAAACGAUCUGAAUCCAAGGCGGUUAGUCGUAAUGCCAGACAAACGUGGUUUGGCUGUGCAGAAUGUAGAAGAACUGGACGUUUCAAAACUAACUGCCUUAUCGCCAGAGGUCAUCAGUCGUCAGGCUACUAUAAACAUCGGUACUAUAGGCCAUGUCGCCCACGGGAAGACAACAGUUGUGCGUGCAAUUUCCACAGUGCAUACCAUUAGGCACAAAAAUGAAUUGAUCAGGAACAUCACAAUAAAGCUGGGAUAUGCUAAUGCCAAGAUAUACAAAUGCAAUAGUGAAGCAUGCAUACGUCCUGCUUGUUAUCGGUCAUUCGGAAGUGCAACAGAUGAUUCCCUUCCCUGUCCUAGAUCAGGAUGUGAUGGGACACUAACAUUGCUGAGGCAUGUUUCGUUUGUGGAUUGUCCAGGUCAUGAUAUUUUAAUGGCAACUAUGUUAAACGGUGCUGCUGUUAUGGACGCAGCAUUAUUGUUGAUAGCCAGCAAUGAGACAUGCCCCCAGCCCCAAACAAGUGAGCACCUCGCUGCUGUAGAGAUCAUGCAGUUGAAAUACAUAAUUAUUCUUCAAAAUAAGAUUGACUUAAUCAAGGAAAGUCAGGCUCGCGAACAGUAUUCACAGAUUUUACGUUUUAUCCAGGGUACUGUUGCUCAAGGAGCUCCAGUUGUACCUAUCUCAGCACAAUUGAAGUAUAAUAUUGAUGUUGUUUGUGAUUACAUUGUGAAUCACAUUCCGGUUCCAGUACGGGAUUUUACAUCAGCACCUCGUUUGAUUGUUAUUCGAUCAUUUGAUGUAAACAAACCUGGUUGCGAAGUGGAUGAUCUACAAGGUGGAGUAGCUGGAGGGAGCAUUUUGCGAGGGGUUCUAAAGGUUGGGCAAAAAAUAGAAAUUAGACCAGGUCUCGUUUCAAAAGAUUCGGAGACUGGGGGCGUUACUUGUAGACCCAUUAUUUCAUGUAUUGUGUCACUUUUCGCGGAGCAGAAUGACCUUGCUUAUGCUGUUCCAGGAGGUUUAAUUGGAGUUGGGACAAAGAUCGAUCCACAGUUGUGUCGCGCUGAUCGUUUGGUUGGACAUGUUUUAGGACAGGUUGGCACCUUGCCUGACAUAUAUGUGGAGUUGGAAAUAUCAUUCUUUCUUCUACGACGUUUGUUAGGUGUUCGCACAGAAGGGGACCAAAAAGGUGCUAAGGUUCAGAAGCUUUCUAAAAAUGAAGUUUUGAUGGUGAAUAUCGGGUCUCUUUCUAGUGGUGGAUGUGUUAUAGCUGUUAAAGGUGAUCUAGCUAAAAUACGACUAAAUAGCCCUGUCUGUACUCAAGUUGAUGAAAAAAUCGCAUUAAGCAGACGUGUUGAAAGACAUUGGCGAUUGAUAGGAUGGGGAGAAAUUCGACGUGGUGUCACAAUCCAACCUGUCCAGUGAAUAUCAACAAACUUCAUUUUGCAUAUGAUAAAGAUCUAUACCUGUGUACGCUGAUUAUUAUUUUUUGUUGCCUUGUGUAACUUAGGUCAUUGUCAAAACGAAUGUUUCGUAACUUGGACUUAAUUGUUAUUUUUUCCUAGAAAUCACGAUUACCUAUGUGUGACUAUUUGUUAGUGGAUUAUAAAUACCUUUUUGUUAUAGCAAAUAAGAAAUUUGUCGCAGGCAACUAACAUUGCCUUAAUAUCGUUCUUCGGUCAAGUUGAAGCGUUAUUCAUGUGUUUAUAAAAUAGUUUUUCUGGUUGCCUUUACAUUUACCUACCUGUCAUAGUGCUUCGUUGGGUCACAUUAAAUUUCGGACCACAUGUCAAUAUCAUUUGUUUCCCAAACAUACAUCUGUGCCCUACCAAGAGUAUAUCUAGGACCAGUGGAAUCACUAGGCAAGCCCUAACUUGCAAUCCUGAAGGGGAUCGGAUAAGAGUAAGGCCAAAGAACACAUUACGUCGGGAAAUAGAAGCAAAUAUGAAAAGGAUUGCCCCAGGACGGUUAGAUGGAGAAUGCUGGUAAGCGGCAUAUGCUCCUUCACGAGGAGUAACGGGCGUAAGUGUGUACUGACUUGUUUAAAAUAGAUGGUAAAUAUGUUUCUAAUUCAAACAUUCUUUGAGCAGGCUUGACACCAAAAUUCAGAAUUUACCAUGGGGUUUUCGAUUCGUCUUUUAAUGUAGAACUGGAAUACGACUGCUUGAAGUUGCGAACCCAUCCAUGGUUCUCAUUUUACUGACAAUUUUCGUCACGAACUGACUUCAAAUCCUAUCGUGAACCACAGUACAACAGAAAUGUGGUUUUUUAAGUUAGGAGGUCCUCAUUAGUGAAUGCUACUUCGGUACCGAUGGAACUUGAGUUCCUGUCCAUGUACUUGUUUUCUGAUUAUUCACCCACUGAAGUCAGUUUAUGACGAAAACUUGGAAUAUAGUCUCGGUCAAAUAGAACAAAUUAUUUGAAUGGUGAUUAAGUUAUUACAAUCAGGUACAUAAAACAACAUUCGGGGUAUCGUAGUGACAAUACUUCUUUUACUAAUGUCUGUAGAAUGAUGUUUCCCAAUCAAACAAUUGUCCUAUGGUAUUCACUUUUAUUUUGUAUUUCAGCCUCCUCUUCAGAUAUGCGCAUGUGGUUACCAUCAAAAGUAAGACAAGACGUACAAAUGUAGACCAGUGUUGCAAGCAUUGAGAUAUUUUAAACAUGGGUUUGUAUUCUAUUGUAUAUGCAAUCCAAAUAUAAGUAAUUUCGACAGGUCGAA